UGAUGAUGAUGACGAUGAUGAUGACGAUGAUGUAACAUUGUUAAUUACUUUCUAUUGCCAGUCAUGUCUGUUAUGUCAUCGUAUUGGAAACAGCUGCAACUUAAACAGAUCAUGGACAAUGUAAUGAAUGAUAUUCUGUCUGUAAACCAAUUUUGGUCUUGGAGCAUUCUGGCAAUAAUCAUUGUGACAAUAAUUCUCAGGAACAAACGCAGCAAAGCUAAAAAAUCUUUCUAUACUGAACUGACAAAGAAGAAAGAUGAUUUUCAGAACCCAUAUAAACUGAACAUAUACGAUCUGUGUAAGACAGCUUACCGUCCAGGACACACUGAGGCUGUUAUUGAUCUAAUAGAACGGUUGCGCUAUGACAUCAAUGCACCAUUACCAUCCAAUGGUUUAACUAUCUUUUCAUGUGCCUGCCUCAGUGGAUCCAGGAAAUUGAUUCUUUAUUUACUACUAAAAGGGGCUGAUAUUAUGAGUGUCACCAAAGACGGCGAUGGACCUUUGUAUUUAGCCACGUAUGCUGCUCUUAAUUCUCCAGAAACAGACGUUACCACUCUGGACUUGCUCAUUACAUAUGGAUGUGAUGUGAACAAACAGAACAAUAAGGGAUACACACCUUUACACCGAGCAGCAAGUAAAGGCAACUACAAAGUGGUCAAGUGUCUACUUCGUCAUGGUGCUCGUAUAAAUGUGCCCAACAAAUCUGGAAUUUAUCCAAUUGACUGUGCCACUAAUGCAGGUCAUCCAGAAAUAGCCAAAAUCCUGGCUUUUAAAGUGAACAACCCCCAUGUGUGGGAUGUCGUGGACCCUCACACUCCCCCCAGUAUAAAGAUGGGCUUAAGAACUCCCAUGCGGCCAAACAUUAUGCAAAGUCCAACUUACAAGAGAUCAUUCAUCUCCCAAAAGAUAAAACCAAUGUGAGAGAGAGGGAAAAAAAGAGAAACGUGAGAAAAAUAACAAAAGUAGAGGAAAAAAAAAUUACAAAUGGACAAAUACUGGGCUGUCAGAAAAACUUUUUCUUUUUUCUUUUUCUACUUGGCACUCCUGAAAAAAGAUAAAAUUUUUUGCAAAUCUCAAAAACAAUAAAAAAAAAAAGUUGUGGCAGAAGAAUAGACCUUUAUUAUUAUUAUUAUUAUUGUUAUUAUUAUUAUUAUUAUUAUUUGGAGUAAUUUCAUCUGUUCUUACGUUCUGAGUUCUAAUUCCGCAAAGGCCAACUUUGCUUUAUAUCAUUUUGGGGUCGAUAAAAUAAGUACCAGUUGAGCACUGGGGUCCAUGUAUCUCAGUUAUCCCCUCCCCCGAAAUUGCUGGCCUUGUGCCAAAAUUUGAAACCAUUAUUAUAAUUUGCAGUCAGUUGCAACCCAAGAGAUCUGAAAUUGUUUUUCUUUUUCUUUAAUUUUAGUUGUUAAUUUAAAUUUAAAUAAAAAAAAAAAUUCUGUUGACAAAUAAAGAUAGAAAAACAAA